GGGUGCGCGCAUCACGGGUGCACUCUCCACCUACUGGGGAUCGCAUUGUGCUGAGUUGACCGAAUAGCUCCUUGUUCUCGGCGGCUUAAAUGGGAGCACCUCACACAUUUGGACGACUUGCACCUUCUCUUCAGUAACUUUGAUGGGGACUUCGAUAUCAAGCAGGGAAAAUGCCUGUGAUGAAGGGAUUAUUAGCGCCACAGAACACGUUUCUGGACACAAUAGCCACACGGUUUGAUGGCACUCACAGCAACUUCAUCCUGGCCAAUGCUCAGGUGUCGCAGGGCUUUCCCAUCGUCUACUGCUCUGAUGGCUUCUGUGAGCUUACAGGCUUCUCCAGGACCGAGGUCAUGCAGAAGAGCUGUGCCUGUAAGUUCCUUUAUGGGCCAGAGACCAGCGAAAGCAUCAUCCUCAGCAUUGACGACGCCCUGGAGGAGCGCAAGGAGUUUAAAGAUGAAAUCAUGUUCUACAAAAAGACAGCUGUGCUGUUCUGGUGCCUGUUGGACAUUGUGCCAAUUAAGAAUGAGAAGGGAGACGUGGUGCUCUUUCUGGCUUCAUUUAAGGACAUCACUGACACUAAAGCCAAAGUCAUCCAAGAAGACAAGAAGGAAGAGCGACGGCGCGGCAGGGUGAAAACAGGCUCUCCAUUCAGCUCAGCUCGUCUGCGGAGCAGCACUGUGCUCUACCACAUCUCUGGUCACCUCCACAGCAAAGAGAAGAGCAAGAUUAAACUCAACAAGAACGUGUUUGGGGAUCCACCUGCUCUGCCAGAGUACAAGGUAGCAGAUGCCAAGAAGUCCAAAUUCAUCUUACUACACUUUAGCACAUUCAAAGCUGGUUGGGAUUGGCUGAUUCUACUUGCCACAUUCUACGUUGCUGUGACGGUGCCUUACAAUGUGUGCUUCAUCGGUGAUGAUGAUGACCUGACCCGCAGCACAACAGUCAGUGAUAUCGCAGUGGAGAUACUGUUCAUCAUAGACAUUGUUUGUAAUUUUCGUACAACCUAUGUCAGCAAGUCGGGCCAGGUGAUCUUUGAUGCUCGACAGAUCUGCAUCCAUUACCUGACCACAUGGUUCAUCAUUGACUUGGUGGCCGCGUUGCCGUUUGAUCUGCUCUAUGCCUUCAAAGUCAGCGUGGUGUCCGUGGUCCACCUGUUAAAAACAGUACGUCUGCUCCGUUUGCUGCGAUUGCUCCAGAAGAUGGACCGAUACUCGCAGCACAGUACAGUGGUACUGACGCUGCUGAUGUCCAUGUUCGCCCUCCUGGCCCACUGGAUGGCCUGCAUCUGGUACAUUAUUGGCAAGAUGGAGAUGGAGGCCAACGCCUAUAACUGGGAUAUAGGAUGGCUCCAUGAGUUGGGGAAGCGUCUGGAGUCGCCAUACUAUGCCGUAGGAGGUGUGAACGGGACCAGUAGCGGCCCCUCCAUCCGCAGCGUCUAUGUCGCCUCACUCUACUUCACCCUCAGCAGUCUGACCAGUGUGGGUUUCGGCAACGUGUCGGCCAACACAGACACAGAGAAAAUUUUCUCUAUUUGCGUCAUGCUGAUUGGAGCACUCAUGCAUGCAUUGGUCUUUGGUAAUGUGACAGCCAUUAUCCAGAGGAUGUACUCCCGCUGGUCCCAGUACCACACCAGAACCAAAGACCUCAAGGACUUCAUACGUGUCCAUCAUCUGCCGCAGAGCCUCAAGCAACGAAUGUUGGAGUAUUUUCAGACAACCUGGUCGGUCAACAACGGCAUCGACUGUAAUGAGCUGCUGAAGGACUUCCCGGAUGAGCUGCGAUCCGACAUCACCAUGCACCUUAACAAGGAGAUCCUGGAGCUGUCGCUGUUUGCCUCAGCCAGUCGCGGCUGCCUGCGCUCCUUGUCGCUGCACAUCAAGACCUCCUUCUGUGCUCCCGGAGAAUACCUCCUUCGACAGGGCGACGCACUUCAGGCAAUCUUCUUCGUCUGCUCAGGGUCCAUGGAGGUGCUGAAAGACAGCAUGGUGCUGGCCAUCCUGGGUAAAGGCGACCUGAUUGGGGCGAACCUGUCCUUAGAUGACCGAGUAAUAAAAACCAAUGCAGACGUGAAAGCCCUGACCUACUGUGACCUGCAGUGCAUCAACCUGAAGGGGCUGUACGAGGUGUUGGACCUCUACCCUGAAUACUCACACCGCUUCGUCCAGGACAUCCAGCAGGACCUCACAUACAACUUGAAGGAGGGACAUGAGACACAUGUGAAGGCCAGACUGUCCACAACAGCUGUAGAUCCUCAGUCCGGAGUGGGAAGGAAUGGACGAGUGGUUCAGGGCUAUCCGACCAUCAUCGAGGCACAGGAGGAACAUGAGGAAGAGGAAGAAAAUGAGGCCAUGUCUGUUUCUCUGUCAUCUGAGCGGAACUGGACAGAGAACCUCAGGGACGCGGGUGGGAAGUCUCCACUGAGCCGACCGAGCCAGAAGACCACGGGGCAGAGCUCCAGGAGGUCUCGGAGGGAGAUCCAGGAAAUUACUUUCACCACUUUAGACCCUUCCAACCUGAGCCCCAGGAUAGUUGACGGCACUGAAGACAGUGAGGUGACAGAGAGUUCCCUGGCCUUCUCCUUCUCCACCAGCCGAGGCUGUCCUGUCAGUGAACCAGCCAGUGCCUCAGCAUCUGCCACAGAUAUGCUGCAGAUCAGCACAGCAGAGUUAGCUGCUAAAGCAGAGGAGACCAGACGACAACUGCAACACCUCGACCAGCAGGUGAGCAACCUUGGGAGGGAAGUGGCCGACCUUGGACGAGUCAUGAAGAGAAUGGCCCAACUUAUGGAGACCAUCAUAUCACCAAUGCCUCAACCUACAAUAGUCUGCCCCACACACUACUCCCCAGCACACCACACUUGCCAGCCCCAUCCUAACCCUCCUCAGUCUUACCCUUUACUAACCUCUUCUCAGACUGCCUCCAUCUGCAUAGACACGCCCAUGUCAUUGCCAUCUUCUCCCCUCACUAUCCCACAGCAACACGGUGCAAUAUUCCAUAAGGACUCCCUCACACAUAGACCCCAGGAUGUCCAGCUGGCGUACCCUACUAUCCCGAGCUCAACUUUACCUCCAACUCCCAACUCGUCUGCCCUUCAACUACAGCCCAUCAUCACUGAGCCUCACCUGCCUUCCUCACCCCUCAGCUCACCUGAGAUUUCCCACUACAAAGACGAGCUUUCUGGCUCCAUCAGGUCAAAGGUACAUAGUCCACCUACGCAAGACGUGGGAGAUGAUAGCCCUCAUCAGAGCUCUGGGUGUUCUCCACAAACUGGACUUGGUGGGACCUACCACAACCCAACCAAGGGUUUGUAGCAGCCCUCCAUCUGAACUUUCCUGGACUCUGCAGAACUUUUUUCCAGAAUAUCUUUUGGGAUAUGUUCCCGAACUAAAGAUCAAACUGAUCAACUGGGGGUUCCCCAUAUCAUAGGAGGAUGUUUGCAGGGAUGCAACCCAGAUUCCUUUUGUUUUAAAGGCACGUGUUUAAGAAUCAUGUUGCAUGAAAACAAGUCCAGAAGGUUUAGGUGUGUUAGCUUUACCUUAUAGAAAUGUAGUUUUGUUAGACAGGAUGUAGAGAUUUUGGUCAUAUGUGGAACUGUGUGAUGGCAGCUCUCUGAGUACAGCUAAACACCCCACCCCCCACCACCUUGAGGACGCAGCAUGCCAUAAUGGGGGACAAAACGGAUAUGGAGGAGAGAGUUCUUUCUGUCCUCUCUUUUUUUGCUGGUUUCAGGUCGACUGGGCUGGUCAGAUGAAGACAAAGCAUCAUGAGUGAUGGAGGUGGGCUUUAGAGACAAAGAUGGGAGGGGUAUGUGCAGUUAAUGUUUCCUUCCCCCCAACGCUUCUUUCCUUGCUCACUCAACCUGUGCCUGAUGCUCUGGAUUGCAUGGACCAGUGCGUGGCUGGUGGAACCAGGAGCACAGAAUGUUGUGAGGAGAGACAUGGGACGCAUUGUGCUCUUUACCACCGGCCCUCAGGGAACAGGGGUGGAGGAAGUUGGUUAAGGAGGUGGUUGUGGGGGGGUUGUCAUGCCUCGGGCAGCAGAGCCCCUGCUGUCGCCUGUCACACUGAGCACAGGGACCCUUUCUCCUUCUCUUUUCCAGUAGUUCUCUCCAUUCACCUACCACUCUCUCUCUCUCCCUCCUUCUUUCCUCUUUCUCUUGCUCUCUGCAUGCCUUUCCGAGCCUUUUGAGUAGUGCCUGUAGACAGACAUUAACAUGCUGCAUGUCACCCUGUGGAACUCCAGCUUGCCAUUUAUCUAUCUAUUUAAAGGAAACACGGUUCAGUCUUUUAAUAGCUGAUCCUGGCAUUUACUGAUGCAUAUUUAUUGGACGUUGAAUAAGUUUAAACAACUGGGUAAUUUUAGGCACAAGGUAGUCACCCAUUUUGUGAAGUGGUCUGGAGCAAACUGCCGAUACUAAAGUGGUUCAUGACCCACAAUGGAGGCCAUUUCCUUGAUCAUCACCCAGGGUUAUCAGCUCUGAGAUCCAGUUUCUCAGCUGUUCAGAGCGAAGGCAAUAUUCCCACAUAAAAGCACAAUAAGGAAAUAAAGACGCUUUUAUAUUUCUAUGAAUGUAUCAAUACUAAAGAUGUAUUUUUUUACCUCAAAGAAUGCAGGAGUGUGGGAUAGCAGUAAAUGAUGCCACUGUAUAUGACGUUAUGGCAGUUCUGUUUGCUGGUACCAGCCAAUGCAAUCUUAAACCAGGAAAAAGGUCCUAAUGCUCGUCCCGACAGAUCUACUCUUUUCUUUUGAAUUCAUGUAGACUUGACUCUGCUUCUGCAAAUGGAAUGUACUGUAAUCAAAUUUUCCCUUAACAUUUUGAUAUUUAUUAGAUAAAAAAACUGUUAUGCUAAUAAACGACAAAUAUGACUGUUA